AAUUAUUCGAAUUUGAUCCUGAAAAAGUAUGAGAUUCCUACGAGAUCGUACAUUCUAUAUUGCGAGAAUGGGAUGGAGUCCUCGCGGAGAAGAGCACUCAGCUUGAAGUGCCGUGAAAUAUUUCUCUGACGGAUCAAAGGCGGAAGGUUCCCGAAGCGCACGGGAUAUCCUAGGCCCGGGUCGCACCGACGCGUUCUCUUGCGACGUAGAACCGCGCGGGAUGCCGCCCCGCGUUCCGAGUCGGAGUCCCGGAUGAACGUGUGAGCGGACCCUGAGAAAAUGUGAUGGAAACGCACAGUCACGCUGAAGGAGAGACCAACGUCCAUGCCUUAAUCACGGAGAUCAACGGUCAAGUGGCUCUGUUCCGGGAUUUGCUCAUUCACAUCGGCACUGCCCGCGACUGCCCGGAAAUGCGUGAAAAAGUCAGGAAGCUGCGCAGGACCUGCGUCGACGCCUGUCGUCAUACCAGCCAGCUCCUUCUCCCUCAGAUACGCAGUGCCGUAGCUGAGGGAAUCCCGGCUGACCACCCUCAUUUAGUAUUAUUGUUCUUCAUGUGCCAACUAUUUAUAAGGGAACUAGCCAAAUGUAGUAGACUCGUUCAACUAAUGCCAAUGGACAUGACGGGAUAUUUUGAAAACCGUGCUGGUCCGUCCAAUCUAGGCAAUGUGAUUAGUCAGAUUUUACUCUGCAAAACCAUAGCACCUGAUUUCAAUCAAGAAGAAAUUCAUAGUAUAGCAAAAGAUACCCAAGAACUGAGCAGGAUAGUGUCCGAGAUGCAGGAAUUUAUCCCGCAACAAGACAGCUCGAUAGAGCGAGCAGAAGCUUUAAUAGCGGAGAACGGGCAACAAAAAGACCGAAAGAAGAAGAGGCGAAACUCUCUGUACCGGAACGUAGGAUCUUUUUGCUGCAUUUGCCGGCCGAACUUCUUGUGAUCACCUUUGCUCCUAAUUACACCCACGUACUUCUACAAAGAACUAAUUAGAUUAGCUCCCGCUCCUCACGAGAGAAACUCGAUUAUGUGUACAUUUCCACCGCCCGUUUUCUCCGCUCACGAGAGGAAGUCUACAGAAUCAACGCUCUGUGGUAUACGAAAGACGUCGAUAGGAAUGGUCGUGAAACCAGUUGCAAUUCAUGAAAGUUGGCAACGCUUUUUUCCUCCAUUUAAAUCCAUUGAAAAUAUCGAUUUUAGGGGAGCAAGCUGCCUCUCUAUGAAUCGAUUGUUUUACAUACAUUUAAAUGGAGGAAAAACAGUGUUGCCCGAUUAAAAAAAAUUGCCACCAAGCAAAACAUGUAUCUUGAUCUGAAGGCUUCAUUUGGGGAGAGCACAAAGGAGAGGCGUGUAUGAUCGAUUAUUGAUAUUUUCCUAUUUGAAGCCACGGUAAAGAAUCGAUUAUCACGGUGCUCGUUGCGAACACCCUCUUUAUCGAUCCUUUUCCAUCGGUUUAAAUGGCAGAUCAAUUGAUCUAUCGCAAAGCGAUUACUCCCCAACCCCGGCAUUUUAAAUUUGAUCUCUCAAGGGGAAAUUUUGAUCAUUUUUAGAGCGUUUUUGGGAUUUUCUGAAUCCCGAUUCUGCCCCCAUCUAAUCAAACUGCCCUCUUUUAAGAACUUCCAAAGACUUUUUAGCGUUCCAGCGGUACUGAUAAGGAUUUUUGUGCUCUUCCCAGAUUUUUUUCUCAAUUCAUGAAGCCAAUAGGCAAAAGUCCGAAAAAGCUGAUCUCAGUUUGAACAUAAUCAUAUUGUUUACUAUACGCAUACUUUCUAUAUGCAACUAAAACUUGUCAAAAAGCACUGCAAAACGGUUGGAAGUUCAGUGGUUGUGUUUGUACGAUAAAUCAUAGUUUUUGUAAAGUAUCCUCUGCGAAAUUUUCUUAACUUGAUCUUAGCAUGAGUAUGAUAUAACAAAUCCGGUAAAAGAUAUGAGCCUUCCUUGGAACGUGUACACAUUUUUCAAACUUUCUUUUAGUAAUUCCAUCCAAGCGAAUAUGCCUUGUAAGGCAUUGCACACUGAGUGUUUACACUCAUUCGCAGUAACAUAUGAAUAUUUUGCAAAUCAUGUACGUGAUGCAUUUUUUCCACUGGAAAAAAAUACCCUACGUCAAUUCUGUAAAAUGUAUUUGUAUUAUAAAUCUUUUUUAUGACGCUAUUGUAUUUUAAAACCGGAUAUUGCGCGUUUUCUUAUGAAUGGAAUACAAAUAGAUCAGAAGCAAAAUUAUGAAUAUGUUUGAUACUGAAGAGUCUUAUAAUUUACUGAGCAUUAAAAGGUAUCUCUCAGAUUGUUUAAUGAACCGAUUUGAUCAUUUCGUAUUACAGAUUUAUUCACUUUACAUGUAGGUAAAUCAAUAUGUAUGUAUCACUACAGAUUAUGAACUUUCGUAGGUACUGCAAGUCAACACGUUGAGUUCGAAACAGUAACCAUACAAACUGUUUAGUUCCACCUCUUAAUAAAAUACAUAAAUUUUCUUUUUGACUGGUCCAGCUCUUGAGACUACCGGGAUGUCACUAUCUUACAAAGUUUCAAAAUCUUUCAGUUCUGAUUGUAGAAAGACUAUGCACGAUUUUUUUCGAGGUGAAAUUCAUAAAAUAUUAUCUGCAUAGUGAUAAUGGACAUUUAUUAGAUCUGCUUGGAUAUGCAGCGAUUUUAUAAAUACCAUACAAAUGAAAAAUUGAGACCAGCCUCAAAGGGAGAAGAAUGGUAGUGUUUUCAUUUGGUAUCGUAGAUUUCCGAUUUUCUUGGAAUGGUGAAUCGGUUUUUUUUUUGGUAAAUUUCCUAGAUUUCGGAAACUUUUUCUCCUGUGAUAUCCUGAUUGAGUGAUAAAAACGCCAAUUACGCGGCACGGCUACCAAUUGAAACUUCUCCACAGAGAUCCUAUUUUUUUCUCUCUUUUUCUGUUCAAAAGUAGAUAGUAGACUUAUGAAGUCAGGGUGUUUACAGGUCCGGAAUUUCCGGAAAGUCCAGAAAUUGCACUGGUUUUUUAAGGAGCCGUCCGGAAGUACUGAAAAAGUGCGAAAAUUCCGCGAGAAGGUCCGGAAUUUUUGUCAUUUUUGUCGCAAUUCGAGCGACGAAUUCAAAUUUUUGAAAUUUAUCGAAAAUCGUCAAAUGGUGGUCCGGAAAAAGUACCGAAUUUUUCUGUUAAGGAGGUACUGAAUUUCUUCGAAACGUACUGCAAAGUACUGUAAAAGUACUGAUUUCCGGAUUACUGUUUUAGUAGACACCCUGAGGAAGGAAUUAGAAGAAAAUGCAAUUGCAGUGAGUGAAAGUUUUGAAUGAUACCAUUUCCCAGAUUCUCUUAUCCCAGUACUUCCUUUUACUAGGUCCUCUUCAAAUAUAGUUCACAAAUGUACCUUUAAUUAGAAUUACUUAACUUUAAUUAUGACUCCAAAAUGUACAUGCUAUAGGUACUGAUGAUUCAAUUUGAAAAUCACUUUUAGGCAUUUCGUGUAUAUUCGAUAGUUGUUAUUUUUAACAGUGUUAUUUUUCUUGUCUUUGUUAUACCUAAUUUUAGUCAGUUAUUAUCAAUUAUCACGACUACUUGCGUUGUUCACCACUAUUGAAAUUCAAAUAUUAAAACUGAGGACCAAUUGUUUGGCUCUUUUUUCCCCC